AUGUUAGCGACCCUUGCUUUGCUGCAGAGCGCAGCAGCAGCGGCGGCAGAAGCGGCGUGUGAUGCUGUUGGGAUUUGCGAAUGUCAGGCGAAGUGCUCUGUGAAUGGCUUUCAACUCUCGGAGGGCCAUCCAGAUUGCAGUGCUUCUUUGGAUGGCAGUCCACAGGAUGUGUUGAAUCCCAAGGGAAUGCAACAAUAUGAUGCGGCGGUCCGUGGCAACGAAGAGCAGGCGCUCUGUGAUCUUUUACAUUGUCGGCUUGAUUGCAUUCAGCAUUGCAGUGGGCAAUUGGAAGCAUUCACGGAGCAGUGUGAGGGCAUCAAUUCCAUGCUACCAAACUGCCGUGUCAAUUGUGCAACCAACAGCCCGAACACAUCGACCCGCGAGUUGGCCGUGUGCCUGGUGGGCCAAUUGAGAGGUGUUUGCAAGGCCGAGGACUUUUCAUCACUUUUCAACAUUGUGUUGGCCAAUUUUGCCAGCGUCGAUGUUUUCCUUGUUUUCCCAGAUGAGUCUUGUCACAAAGAUGUUGCUGUGUUUAAGGCUGCAGCUUCCAUUUUUAGACACAAUGACUUGCGCGUCUUUCCACAUUGCCAGUCUGACGAGCUGACUCCAGCUGAGACGCAAUUCAUGCAAUGGUUUCUGACGCAUGAAUGGUGGGCUACUCACUGGCAUGGCUUGGGCUAUGGAGGCAACAACAAUACACCUGCCUUGCGGAGGAUGAUGCUCUCUGGGAAGCAUUCAAGUGCUUGCUCAAAGAAGCUCGAGAUACAGAGUCCCUGGACCAAGUACGAUUUUGUCGCACGUGUUCGACCUGAUGUUGAGUGGUUUAGCUUCGUUGACCGCAACUCACUGAAGAGUACUGUGCCAGGUAGCUUGUUGACCAACUUUGUGGCGAUGCCGAUUCAAGGGGUAGUGGAGGAUACUUUUGCCAUUGGAAGUUGGAAUGACAUGCAGAAGUAUUUCAGCUUCUACCAGGAAAAUAUUCUCAAUGUGGAUCAGCUGGAACUCACAAAUGUGCCCUGGUGCGUUGUGCAUGCCACACUCAGGAAUUCAAAACACUGCAAGAAACUUUUUCCAGAAAAUCUAUUGGAAGAGCAUCUUCGGAGCAAAGACCUCCAAAUCCAGAAGCGCCAGAAGAUAUGCUUUGAGCGCGUUGCGCCCUGCAUGCAGCGGCGGAACCACUACUGCAGCAAGUACAAGCAGCACCAGCGCGGAUAUUUUCAGUCUCAUCCAAGGGAUUUCUUGAAGGGUGACAGAGACUUCUUCUUGACAGCUUCCGGGUCCUACGCAGAUUACGACACAAUUCUGGCAGCCCGUGUUGUGCACUUCUUUUUGUCUGAAGCAGUGCGAUUGGGGCAUCCGCCGCGGCUGGUCGAUAUGGGUUGUGGCCGCGGCUCCUACGUGGAGGUCUUCAAAUCUUGGGGCUUCCCAGUGAUUGGAAUCGAUGGGAAUGCUGUGAUCACUCGGUCUAUCGCUAAACAUUCCUUCCUGUGGGAUCUCACUGAUCGUAUUGACCUAAAACGAGCCUUUGAGAAUGACAAGCGGCUGUGCAACUUCUUCCAUUUGACACAUAACAGCAAGGAAGAGCAGGACCACGUGAAGGAGGUUUUCACGGCGAUUGGGCACGGAGAUUUGCGACUUUCAGUCUUUGCCGUGGUGCCGCAAAUCCAUGCAACGCACUAUUGGGCAUCGAAACAUCCGGAAGGCCAUGCAGAAGAGGCUCUCAUGGAUGAGGAGACUAUGAUGAACUAUUUGUGCACCCUUUGCUGUGCCGACAUGCGGUGCGCAGCGUUUGCCUUUACCGAGGAUGGAGGUGCUUUACUGUCAUGGUUUCUUGCCAAUUCUACAGACAUUAUCAGCUUCCAACCUGAAGGUGGACACAUUUGGUACCAGGCCAAUGCAGCUCCAUUUGUGAAUACUUCUGCGAUAUUUGAUGUACCUGGGCCUGGCAAUCCCUUGGCCUUUCAAUUGCAGAUGGGUUUCUCCAGUUCUUCUUCAAAGCCGCAGAGAACCUUCUUUGUUACGAAAGGCUAG